AUGUCCAAAUAUUUGCGCACGAGUCACCCCUCUCCACUCAUUUGCCGCCCAAUUUUGACGUUUUCUUCCUUGCACAUUUUGACAGCAUUUCUAAUUUCAGGAAAUUCUUCAUAUAUCAAUUGGUCAGUCACAAUUAUCCUCCUCAUUCUUGGACUUUACGCCUGUCAUCGAUUUUUGAACAUGAAGAAGUUGACUCGAGAUGCACAGGAACCACUUUUACCUCAUAUCCGCCCCUCCACAAGGAAUAAAAUUCGAAAAUAUAUUUAUGGAACUAUUUUUAUUUUAUCAAUUUUUCUCCUUUAUCGAUCACUGAACAGUCCAGACACAUCAAAACACGGAAUUGGCAGAAAUGGAGAUUUUAUUGAAUAUGAGCCAAAAGCAGGACCCACGAUAAAAGAGCCUGUAGAGAAUAUAGUUAAAUUGGACGUUUAUAUGGAAGCACAGUGUCCGGAUACAUCUAGAUUUUUCCGUCAACAACUUAAAAAAGCGUGGGAUAUUCUAGGAAGGCUAAAUCGAAUCGAAUUGAAUGUAAUUCCAUUUGGAAAAGCGAGGUGUACAGAGAAAGGAAACGAUUUCGAAUGUCAAUGUCAGCAUGGUCCGACAGAAUGUCAGAUUAAUCAAUUAAUGAAUUGUGUCAUUGAUCGAUUUGGGUUUCCACAUAGAUAUUUGCCAGGUGUUUUGUGUAUGCAGGGAAAAUAUUCAUUAGAUGAGGCAAUGAAAUGUGUUACUGAGAAUUAUCCAUCUGAAUAUGAAAGAAUGCGUGAAUGUGCAUCAGGAACUCGAGGUCGCCGCCUUCUUGCUCUUUCCGGACAGAAAACUGCAUCACUAACUCCAGCAAUUGACUUCAUUCCCUGGAUUGUUAUUAAUGGUUCACGUAACUCGGAUGCUCUUUAUGAUCUAACACAGAAUGUCUGUGAAGCAAUGCAACCAAUGCCAUCUGCAUGCAAAGAUUACUUACGUUCAUUACAAUAAUCACAUCUUUUACGGGUUGACUUUUCGUCUUAUAGUUUUUUUUAAAAUACAAUUGGUGUCUAUCUAUGAGUGCCUUUCACAACUCGGCGGGUCCUAAAAUUGUUUAUUAUAUUUAUUUAAAUUUUUGUUGUAGUUUGUGUUAGUGUGACUAACUUAUUGUGUUAAUUUUCUUAAAAAGAACGUUUUUUAUUAAAAUAAAAAGUUGCAAAUUGUAAAA